UUGCUCGUCCGUCUCGCACGUUCUCUCAUCUUCUCGUUCAUCAAACUCUUCGUUAUUACCGUUUAGUGUAGGUACCGCCUAGGUAUUAUACUACUAUAUACAACCUACCAGCUAACUUUCGGUUAUAGUAGCUGUACACAAAGUGAACGCAAAAGAGAAUUCAGUCAAAAGUGUUCCGACAUGGUCGCUAUGUUCAAACAAGAAUACCAUGAUCAUAGUAUGAGUAAUGAAUACAGUUACUCUCGUGGUCGACCACCGACAGAAUCUAUUUCUCGCAUCGCCGACUGGGAUAUCAACGACUCAAUUAUACCAAAUGUGAGCAGUUUCAAUCACUGGGAAGAAUGGGCUGAUGGCCAUUGUCGCCUGGUGUACCCGUCGAAUUGUGAGGAGGCCAAGAGACACGCUUCUGGAUGGGCAAUGAGGAAUACAAACAACCAUAAUGUGCACAUCUUGAAGAAAUCUUGUCUAGGUAUUCUCCUGUGUUCUAGAAGGUGCGUACUACCAAAUGGCGAUACAGUCCACCUAAGACCAGCCAUAUGCGACAAGGCCAGGAAAAAGCAACAAG